AUGGCUUCAUCAUCAGGUGCGUCCAAGGGCGCAAUUGACGCUCUGAUGCGUGCUCCCGACUCCUCGCGGAAAUAUGCCUCCCUCCAGCGCCUCCAAAGCGACCACAUCCCCAACCCCCGCUUCCUCAUCGAGACACGCACCUACCAGCAGCAGUUCUCCACCAUGUACUUUCUGCGCCUCGCCGCGCUCAAACCCUCCGUCGACGCCGCCGCGCUGUCCGCCUGGGACGACACCUCGAUCGCCGGCGAAGCCGUGCACCACUGCGACCGCGUGCUCGACGUGCGCCAGGGCGAGCUCUGCUGGAUCUCCGGCACGGUCUACAUGGACAUGGCGCUGAAGCCCAACAUCCUCGACGACAUCACCAAGGACCACUGGCUCGCGGCGCCGCCGCCGCGCGCAAAGUACACGGACCCGGGGCGCGACCGCGUGCUGCUCGAGGACGAGAGCGGGCGGCUGCGCCUCGUCGGCGGCAUGCUGGGCACGCAGAAUCUCGUCACGGGGUGUGUGGUUGCUGUGAUGGGCAGCGAGACGAAGGACGGUGACUUUGAGGUGCUGGAUGUCAUCAUCCCGGACCUGCCGCCGCAGACGCAGACGGAGCAGUCGGGGCGGAAGGGGAAGGGGAAGGGGAAGGUUGUGCUCUGCAGCGGCCUUUCGUUCCGCGGCGGGCUCAAGGAGAGUUUCGCCACGGACCUCCUCGCCGAGUGGCUCCUCGGCGAGCUGGGCGACCAGGCCGAGCAGGACACAGCGUCCACCGUUGUGCGGCUCGUGCUCGCGGGCAACUCGCUCGGCGCGCCGCUCAGCGUGCCUGUCCCCGCGGGCGAGGAGAAGGCCAAGAAGUACGGGUACGAUGCGUCGGCGUACAACGCCUCGCCGGCCCUCGCGCUCGACAACUUCCUCUCGCAGCUGCUGCCGUCGCUGCACGUCACCGUCAUGCCCGGCGAGACGGACCCGGCGAACGUGUCGAUGCCGCAGCAGCCGCUGCACCCCGCCAUCUUUAGCUCCGCGAAGGGCUAUGGCGGGAGCACGUUUGAUCGCGCGACGAACCCGUGGGCGGCGGAGAUUGGCGGUGUGGGCUUUUUGGGCACGAGCGGGCAGACGCUGGAUGAUGUGUACAAGUAUGUGGAGGGGGAUGAUCGGCUGGCGAUGGCGGAGCGCCUGCUGAGGUGGAGGGUGGUGGCGCCGACGGCGCCGGAUACGUUGUGGUCGUAUCCGUUUAAUGACCAAGACCAGUUCGUGAUUGAGGAGUGUCCGCAGGUGUUCUUCAUCGGGAACCAGGACAGGUACGAAACCAGUCUUGUCGAGGGCGCGGAGGGCCAGAGGUGCAGAGUCGUCUUGGUGCCGAAGUUUGCGGAGACGGGGGAGGUCGUGGUGGUGGAUCUGGAGACGCUGGAUGUUGAGGUGGUCAAGUUCCAGCUUAGGGAGUAG